AGAACUGUCAGUGUCAGUGUCAAAUUGUCAAUAUGAAUAUAAAACAUUUCACAUAAGAUAGAUAAAUAUCAAAAAAUCACAACAAGAACAUUUUUCCCUUUUUUAAUUGCUGAAGCUAUAAUUUCAAGAUGGUUUUAGCAGACUUAGGUCGUAAAAUAACGACUGCCUUGCAGUCGUUGAGUAAGGCAACAAUAAUAAAUGAAGAGGUACUCAAUGGAAUGCUCAAAGAAAUAUGUGCAGCUCUACUUGAAGCUGAUGUGAAUAUCCGCCUUGUUAAAAAAUUAAGGGAAAAUGUAAGAUCUGUAAUUGAUUUCGAGGAAAUGGCUGGAGGUCUCAAUAAAAGAAGAAUGAUCCAAAGCGCAGUAUUCAAAGAGCUUGUAAAGCUUGUAGACCCAGGCGUUAAGCCUUACCAACCUGUUAAAGGGAGACCAAAUGUCAUUAUGUUUGUUGGUUUACAAGGUUCAGGAAAAACAACUACUUGUACAAAAUUAGCCUAUCAUUAUCAAAAAAAAAAUUGGAAAUCAUGUCUGGUAUGUGCUGAUACCUUCAGAGCUGGUGCUUAUGAUCAAGUUAAACAAAAUUGUACAAAAGCCAGAAUACCGUUUUAUGGAAGUUAUACUGAAGUGGAUCCUGUAGUAAUAGCUCAAGAAGGUGUCGAUAUGUUUAAAAAGGAAGGAUUUGAAAUUAUUAUCGUAGAUACUAGUGGAAGACACAAACAGGAAGAAGCUCUUUUUGAAGAGAUGUUGGCAGUAUCAAAUGCAGUAAAACCCGAUAACAUUAUAUUCGUUAUGGAUGCAACUAUCGGUCAAGCUUGUGAAGCGCAAGCUAGAGCUUUUAAAGAGAAAGUAGAUGUAGGAUCUGUAAUCAUCACAAAAUUGGAUGGUCACGCCAAAGGUGGUGGUGCACUCAGUGCGGUUGCAGCAACAAACAGUCCUAUUAUCUAUAUUGGUACCGGAGAACACAUAGAUGAUCUAGAAUCCUUCAAAACCAAACCCUUCAUCAGUAAACUACUGGGUAUGGGAGAUAUAGAAGGAUUGAUCGAUAAAGUAAAUGAAUUGAAACUAGAGGAUAAUGAAGAACUACUAGAAAAAAUUAAACACGGUCAGUUCACCCUUAGAGACAUGUAUGAACAGUUCCAGAAUAUAAUGAAGAUGGGACCUUUUUCACAAAUAAUGGGAAUGAUACCUGGAUUCAGUCAAGAUUUUCUGUCCAAAGGAACGGAGCAAGAAUCAAUGGCAAGGUUGAAAAAACUUAUGACAAUCAUGGAUAGUAUGAAUGACGGAGAGUUAGACAGUAGGGAUGGAGCUAAAAUUUUCUCUAAACAACCUGGCAGAGUUAUCAGGGUCGCCACAGGCUCAGGAGUUACAGAGCGUGAGGUCAAAGAAUUGAUUUCCCAGUACACAAAAUUCGCCGCUGUUGUCAAGAAGAUGGGCGGAAUCAAGGGUCUCUUCAAGGGUGGCGAUAUGGCUAAGAACGUCAACUCGAACCAAAUGGCAAAACUGAACCAACAGAUGGCGAAGCUUAUGGAUCCAAGGGUACUCCAUCAAAUGGGAGGCAUGAAUGGCUUGCAGAACAUGCUGAGACAACUCCAAUCGGGCGCUGCAGGUAGCAUGGGAGGUUUGGGCAACCUCAUGAAUAGUUUCGGCGGAAAAUAAUAUCGGUCAAACGUUUGAAGCAAAUUGAAUACGGUUGUACAUUUUUGACUCGUUUUCCAAUCAGAUCUAUAUUGUUUGGCAUUUAUAUUUUUUUUUAAGUUCACCUGUACAUUGUUAUUGUGCAUUUUAUAAUGUCAAUAAAUUUUGCGAGGAUA